AUAGUGGACAAAAAUCAUGUGUUUUAUGAGAUGAAUGUGACUAGUGACUCUAGUCCAAAUAAAAAGAGAAACUUGUUCAACUUUGUAGUAUCAAAUGCACUAUCAAAAGUGGCAAUUGUGGCAGGGGAUAGUGAUGAGAGAUAUGGAACAAAAUCAUUGAAAUUAAAUGAUUUACAAAUAUUUUAUACACUUGGUCAAUGUACACAAGAUUUGUCAAGUGAUGAUUGCAAGGGUUGUUUGGGAGAUGUUAUUGGAAAUGCAAUUCCUUGGCCUUCAUUGGGAAGUGUAGGUGGAAGUGUUUUAUAUCCUAGUUGCAAUUUGAGGUUUGAGUUGUUCCAAUUUUACAAGGAGGGUGAUAAAGCUACUUUACCAAUAAUUAAAUAUUCUCCAUCAGAGAAAAUAAGAAAUUGGUGGCAAACAAUUAGCUUGAUUGUGGUAUCAAUUAUGAUCUUCUUCUUUGUUGGCUGCUAUUUGCUAAAGAGAAAAGCAAGAAAGAAAUUUAAGGCUAUCCUCAAAGAAAAUUUUGGUGAUGAAGGUGCAACUUUAGAGCCUUUACAAUUUGAUUUAGUUGUAAUUGAAGAAGCAACUAACAACUUUUCAAAUGAAAAUUAUAUUGGCAAAGGUGGAUUUGGAAAUGUUUACAAGGGCAUACUUUUAGAUGGACGACAAAUAGCUGUAAAAAGACUCUCAAUAAGCUCUAGCCAAGGGGGGACUGAGUUCAAGAAUGAAGUUUUGCUAAUAGCCAAGCUUCAACAUAGAAAUCUAGUGGCGUUCAUCGGUUUCUGCCUUGAAGAACAAGAGAAAAUACUUAUUUAUGAAUAUGUGACAAACAAUAGUCUUGAUCACUUUUUAUUUGACUUUCGAAGACCGAAGUUCUUAAGUUGGUUCGAACGUUCCAAUAUUAUAAGAGGAAUUGCUCAAGGAAUACUUUAUUUACAUGAAUAUUCUCGACUCAAAGUUAUUCAUCGUGACCUCAAACCGAAUAAUAUUUUAUUAGAUGAAAAUAUGAAUCCAAGAAUACCAGACUUUGGUCUUGCUAGAAUUGUUGAAUUAAACCAAGACAAAGAAAAUACAAAUAGAAUCGUCGGAACAUUAGGCUAUAUGUGUCCAGAAUAUGCAAUGCUCGGGCAAUUUUCUGAAAAAUCUGAUGUUUAUAGUUUUGGAGUCAUGGUUUUAGAAAUUAUUACUGGAAAUAAGAAUGUAACUUCUUAUGAAUCAUGUGUUGGUCAUAGCCUCUUGAAUUAUGUUUGGAGACAAUGGAGAAAUCAAAUACCUUUGAGCAUAUUAGACCCAAAUAUUAAAGGAAGUUAUUGUGAAAUUGAAGUCAUUAAAUGCAUUCAAAUUGGUUUAUUGUGUGUUCAGACCAACAAUGCUAAAAAUUGUUUCAUAUCUCAACAAUCACUUCAUUGAAUUGCCAAUUCCCUAAGAACCUGUAUUUUUCUUCCAUAGUAAAAUUGAUGCAAAAGGGAUUCCACAAGAUUCAAGUUCUAGUCAUUCUAUCAAUAAUUCUACAACUUGUUCGUUCAAUGACUUAUCAAUACUGAAUUUCUUCCUCGAUAGUGUUUUAA